AUCACAAAUACAGAGAAUUUCGAUUUGUCUGUUGAUAGUCCCUUUGGCUUAGACUUCAGCGCUAUACCGGAUUUUAAUAAUAUUUUGGAAUUGGCGCCAGAUUAUGCCACAAAAAUGGAUGAUGCGACGGCUGAUGGUAUUCUACGGGAUAUAUUGAACAAACCUGAUUAUUGUCACAACACCUCUAUACAGAACAGCAAUGUUGUUGAUGAGCAACCGUUUUUCCCACACGCUACAGGGGGUCGUGCUAAAACAUUCGAAUAUAAAGCAGAUGAUGCUGUAGCAAUGCGCUAUGCACCGACGAUACCAACAUGCAGUGAUACAGUAGCGCAAAUACACCGUCUUAGUACAAGCGGGAAAAUAUCAAAACGCACAACCGCCGCUGAAACGGAAAGCCAUCAAUUCGCAGCAGCAGAUGACGCUGUAGCAAGACGCUAUGCUCCUUUGAUACCAACAGUCAGUGAUACAUGCGCGCAGAUACACAGGCCUAGUACAAGCGGGAAAAUAUCAAAACGCACAACCGCCGCUGAAGCGGAGAACCAUCAAUUCGUAACGCCGGCAAUUGUACAUAAGGGCGUUGCUAGGUCAUCAGUUAUGGCUGUGCAUAACGGCUGUAUCGUCCCGAACAAACGAAAGCCAGCUCGACCAAGAACGAAUGAGAGAAGUCAUAAUUCAACAUUUACAGAUCUGAAAAGAAAAUUGUCAUAUUCCGAAAAUGAUAAGCCGCAACGGAGAAGGAUCGCGUUACAAACUGUAUCAUGCGUAAGUAAUGAUGUUGCUGUAACAUCAAAACACACAGCGUUUAACACUGCAGACCGGGAUGUCGCUGGUAAUACAAAGACUGUAAAGGUUAAGAGGGCAUCGCGUCUCUCAAGAAGUAAUGUUAAGCAAUUGUCGCAAUCCGCUGUAAUCACAAUUCCAGAUACACAGGUUUGUUCUGAAACAGAAACAAGGCACAUAGCAGGCAUUGGUUUGUUAUCAAAUAUUGACUCAAGAAGUAAUGUUAAGCAAAUGUCGCAAGCCGAUGUCAUUACUAUUACCGAUACACAGGAUUGCUCUGAAACAGAAACAAGACACAUAGCUGGCAAUCCUGUGAUAUCAGAUAUUGAUGACAUAAAUGGGCAAGAGCUUAUUACAAACUGUGUAGAGUCAACGACACAAGAUCCGCAGAAUAGUUCUGAUGAAGUAUUAUCAGCCGUUGCAGGAAUACCUGGUGAUACUACAACGGUUGAUUGUGUAACAUCAAUGCCCAAUAUUUUUACAACGACAGCCCUGGUACACGCAUCGGCUGAUGCUUGUGUACCGGCGCGAGGGCUAGUGCCCGACAUAGUUGAUGAAUGUCAAAAUUCAGAACAAUUAGGCCAAGACGCUGAAAUACAAUUUUACGCGUUGUUGGGUAAGAUACGUGAAGAUGUUGAGAACAUGGGUGUAAAAGCCGGAUACUUGUUAAAACACAUUAAAGGUGUGUGCCACGGUAGUAAAUGUAAACAAGACAUUGUUAAAGAAGUUGUUGAGACGUAUAUGAAUGUCAUGUCAAAAUACAUAGAUCGGUCGGUUAAGACAACUGAAUUUAUUAAAGCCAACAUACAUCAUUUUGCAGAAAUAAAUGAAACUGAUCCGUGACUAGGCAUGCUAGGCAAUGGUUUGAAACGUGUUUUAAAUUUAAAUGCCUGUAAAAAAAAAAAAAAACCACGAAUUAAACCUUGUUUAACAUACAA